AUGUCGGCCAAGAGCGUCAAAGGCGAAGGCGGCAAGAAGCCCGCCAGCGCGGCGACAAACCUCAUCGCCGGCGGCGGCGCGGGCAUGAUGGAGGCCCUGGUCUGCCACCCGCUCGACACGAUCAAGGUGCGCAUGCAGCUGUCCCGGAGGGGGAGGACGCCGGGGACCAAGAAGCGCGGCUUCAUCAUGACCGGGCGGGACAUUGUCAAGCGGGAAACGGUUUUUGGUCUAUAUAAGGGUUUAGGCGCCGUUCUCACGGGCAUCGUCCCCAAGAUGGCCAUUCGCUUCACCUCGUACGAGUGGUAUAAGCAGCUCCUGGCCGAUCCGGAUGGGAAAGUCAGUUCGCGCGCGACGUUCAUGGCUGGUUUGGCCGCCGGUAUCACAGAGGCAGUCGCGGUGGUGACGCCCAUGGAGGUGGUCAAGAUUCGAAUGCAAGCCCAAUACCACAGUCUGUCAGACCCGCUCGACGUCCCCAAGUACCGAAGCGCACCGCACGCCCUCAUGACCGUCAUCCGCGAAGAAGGCUUCGGCGCCCUGUACCGCGGUGUGUCCCUCACUGCCCUGCGCCAGGGCACGAACCAGGCCGUCAACUUCACGGUGUACACGGAACUGAAAGAGAUGCUGCAGAAAUGGCAGCCGGAAUUCGACAACAAGAACCUCCCCGGUUACCAGACUACCGUCAUCGGGCUGAUAUCCGGCGCCAUGGGUCCCUUUUCCAACGCCCCCAUCGACACGAUCAAGACGCGGUUGCAAAAGACGCCCGCCGAGCCGGGUCAGACUGCACUCUCGAGGAUCAUGAAGAUCUCCAGCGACAUGUUCAAGCAGGAAGGACCGAAGGCGUUCUACAAAGGUAUCACGCCCAGAGUGAUGCGUGUGGCUCCUGGACAAGCGGUGACGUUUACCGUCUAUGAAUACCUGAAGGGAGCUCUGGAAAAGAGCAACCUCAUGUUUGUGGGAGGCAAGUACGAGGAAUGA